AUGUGUCUACCGCGUCUCUACUUAUUAACAGAAAGUUCGUAUUUGAGAAAAGAAUCCGAAGCAUAUGGUCCUCGAACAGAAUUGGAGUACUGGAAAUGUCGUAGGGAUACUUUUGGAUUUCUGAUCUAUCAGUUCCAACAAGCUGAGAGCAAAAGAAUUCUGGAGAGAGCAUUUGAAUCGGCCUCAGAAUUGGAGGAGGAAACAAUUGGCAAAUGCUUAUCGGGAGUGAUUAGGACACUGCUUACGAUUAACACAGUGUCAAAAUAUUACAAUUCCACUGAAAGAAUGACAGCCAUUUUGACCAAGAUAACAAACCAGAUGAUUAAUUCCUGCAAGCGAUAUAUUUCGUGCAAUGGCACAAAAUCUAUCUGGGAACAGCCGGAAGACCUUAUCAAGAAGAAAGUCUUCUCAGUCAUUCGUCUAAACGAAGAAUACCAAGAAUGCUUCCAAAAUAUUAAAGAAGAAAUCGAAUCGAAUGGAGAGAAGGAGUUCCACUUUUGCGAAGUAUUCGUUUUCGGCAAGUUUGAUGCUUUCUGCAACAGACUGAAGAAACUGCUGAAGAUUUUUGAAUGCAUUCAAGUUCACAACAAUAUCCUCAAGUAUCAGCAAGAUGGUGAGUUAUUGCUUCUUGACGAACUUCCUUAUUCACUGGAAGAUACAAUAACGAAAAUGAGAAACAAGGAAUACGACUUUUUAGACCACAAAGACAUACAUUUUGAUGAAGAUUUUGCUGAAGUAAUGAAAGUUUCCAAUGAAAUACAGAAAAGUGUCACAAAUGCCUUCGAUGCGGAAUUCGCGACCAUCAAGUCGACGACUCUGUCGCUCAAGUUCCUCGACAAAAUGGCGAUUCUUCAAUUACCUGGUGCCAACAUGACUGAAAAGUACUUUCAGGUCCUUCGUCAGUACAAGAAUGAACUGGAAGACAUUCAGCUACUUUUCAAAAAGCAAAAGUCAAAUCCUCCAAUUUCCAGAAACUAUUCUCCCGUUGCAGGCAAAAUAAACUGGUGUCGCUUACUAAAAAAGCGCACAGAAGCUCCUAUAAUAGGACUGAGGGAGCGUUGCACCGUCUUAGACACUGACUUCGGGAAGAAAGUACAGAAUAGAUACAAGAAAUUCCACAUCCUCUUAGAAAAAUAUGAAACCGAGACGCAUCACCAAUGGUGUAUGGAAGUAGCACUGGUGUCUCAAAGUCUCCUGGGAAAUAUUUUGGAAGAGGACCUCGACAAUCAAGAUGUGGUCAUCAAUGACAAUGAGCGGCUGUUCGUCCUCAUCCGUGAAGCUGAUUUGCUGUCGCAGAUGUUACUGGAAGUACUCCCGGUGGCUCAAUCGGCCCUUUAUCAGCAACAGGCAAAACUGCUGCGGAGGCAUAAGGAACUGAAAACCAUUCCCAGGGAAGAGCUGAUUCCUUUGUUGGAAAUCCAUUUAGCAGUUUUGGAUGAUAUUCGUAGACCAGGAUUGACAGUCCUUACUUGGUCCAGCCUUAAUCUGGAUUCUUUCUUGCAAAAUUACACGGAUGCAAUUGCUAGAGUUGAAUCCCUUUUCGACAGAUUAUGCAAGAUUUUGAAGCACAGAGUGGAAGAAACAUUAAUCCAAGUAACUGAAGUAGGACUUUGUCCUCUACCUCCAGAAAACCCAGUACCGAUUCAAGCGUUUUUAGAAAGUAUAAAGUCCGUUUCUAAGAAAGGUGGGGAAUACCUUGAUAAAAGAAGUCAUGCCAUGGAAGAUGCUGUCAAAGAGGUCAUCCAGGUUUUCGUAGUCGAAAGCUCUUUCAAAGAUGAAGAAGAAAAAUCCAAACAACAAAAGAAGAAGAUCUUAGAUGCAUCUGUGGGACUGCAACAACAGUGCAGUAAGAAACUUUUGGAAAGUGUAAUUACAUCUGUUUGCGAUUCUCUAGAGACGCUUUUGUACAGUACAUCAUACAACGAGAAAGCUGGUAUGGAAAACAACUUGCUGAAAUAUCCGUGGUUCAGAUCGGAAUUACACCUGAAAGACAAUUCAUUAGCUCUGGUACCCUCGGUGGACGAAGUGCAAGAGGCCAUCAACGAAGCAGCCUCCGAAAUUGUAGCGGCUUCUAAGAAAAUCAGCUUAUGGCAAUUCAAUGAACCCUCUCGGAACGAUCGUCGAACGAGUCGCUUGGAAGGUCCACGCAAAACUCUUUCUUCUAAAUCCGAGUCUGCGGGGACACUGUUCACACUUUAUAGACAAGUUAGCGACAAAAUCGACUUAGAGCCCCAGAAUAUGACAGUGGGAUGCAUUAAACUCUUCCUGGCUCCGGUGAAGAAGCUAUUGAAAGAGGAGUCUUGGAAGUGGUGCGAAGCUUUUGGCUCAGCUUGUCGCGGCAAAUACUACUCCCAUAUGCAGAAGUGUAACCAAGAAGUGAAAGGCUUCAUGCAGAAGUUGACUCAUCCGUUCGAGACUACCGAAGAAAUAAAAGAGCUAAUCUCUGUAUUGGAGGAAAUACGCCAAAAAGAAGUGGACAUCGACUGUGCCAUUACUCCUAUUGAGGAAUGCUAUGCGACUCUGUCAAUAUACAAGUUAGUGCCAAACAAAGAAGAUCUGGAAAUCGUGGAGAGCUUGCGAUACUUAUGGGAAAAGACACAAAAGCUAGCUACUGAAACUCAGAAUACCCUGCUGGACAUGAAAACCCAAUUUCAAAUGCAAUUGGCAGAUAACAUCUCUAGUUUCACUGCAGAAUUUGAGAAGUUUCACAGCGAUUACCAGGAGAAAGGUCCAAUGGUUGUUGGUUUAUCUGCAAUGGAAGCAUCAAACAGACUAGCAGAAUACCAAAACCGUUUUGACACAUUAUGGCACAAGUACAUGACAUAUACAGACGGAGCAAUUUUGUUUGGUUACAAGUGUAUGGAAUUUCCCCGCCUCCAUUACAUUCGCAGAGAAUUGGGCAUGAUGCAAAAACUGUAUAAGUUGUACAACGACGUGCUGGAUAAAGUCAAUGGAUAUCAGGACAUACUGUGGAAUAACGUAGAUGUGGACAAAAUCACUAACGAAUUGAUUGAAUUUCAGAACAGAUGUCGUAAGCUUCCGAAAGGAUUGAAAGAGUGGCCUGCUUUCACAACACUCAAAAAAACCAUUGACGAUUUCAAUGAGCUUUGUCCUCUGCUGGAUCUAAUGACAAACAAAGCGAUGAAGAGUAGACAUUGGAAGAGAUUGAUCGAGCUCACGGGACACGACUUUGACGUUCAUUGCCCACAUUUUUGUCUCAAAGACAUCAUGAAGGCUCCGCUCCUCAGUCACAAGGAAGACAUAGAAGACAUAUGCAUUUCCGCACUGAAAGAAAAAGACAUUGAAGGAAAGCUGCGGCAAGUGACAUCUGAAUGGAGCAACCAGAAUUUGACAUUUGCUACUUUCAAAAAUAGAGGCGAACUGCUGCUUAGAGGGGACACCACGGCUGAAAUCAUAUCCCUUCUUGAAGAUAGUUUGAUGGUAUUAGGAUCCCUGCAAAGCAAUCGGUAUAAUGCUCCUUUCAAGAAACAGAUCCAUAAAUGGGUACAAGAUCUUUCUAAUACUAAUGAGUGCUUGGAAAGAUGGCUUUUCACGCAGAAUAUGUGGGUUUACCUUGAAGCGGUGUUCGUCGGAGGUGAUAUCGCUAAACAGCUACCUAAGGAAGCAAAGAGAUUCAAUACUAUUGAUAAGUCCUGGGGUAAAAUCAUGAUGAGAGCUCACGAGAAAAGCAAUGUUGUUGAGUGCUGUGUCGGUGACGACACUUUAAAGCAGCUGCUGCCAUAUUUGCAAGAGCAGCUGGAAAUAUGUCAAAAAUCCUUGGCCGGGUACUUAGAGAAAAAGCGACUCAUGUUUCCAAGAUUCUUCUUCGUUUCGGAUCCUGCUCUCUUGGAAAUUUUGGGUCAAGCCAGCGAUUCACAUUCCAUACAGUCUCACUUGUUGAGUAUCUUCGAUAACAUUAAAUCACUCAUCUUCGAUGAUCUAGACUACAAUAGAAUCACUGCAAUAGUUUCAUCAGAAGGAGAGAUGAUUAAGCUCAACAAGCCUGUGAAAGCAGAAGGUAACGUUGAGUGCUGGCUUAUGAAUCUGCUGCGGAUGUCCCAUCAGUCUUUGCAUUCCGUUAUUCGAAAGGCAGCUAUUUCGACAACGAGUCCGAAAUUUACCCUCAUGGAAUUCUUGCGAGAGUAUCCUGCGCAGAUCGGACUUUUAUGCCUGCAAAUCAUCUGGACUCGAGAAUCGGAAGUGGCUCUGGCAUAUUCCACUCAAGACAAGAAGGUGAUGCAACAGACCAACGAUUUAUUUUUGGAACUCCUGAAUACCUUGAUUGAGGAGACAACGAAAGGUCUGGGCUCAGUGGAGCGCACGAAGUUCGAGACCUUCAUCACUAUUCACGUGCACCAGAGAGACAUUUUUAAUGACUUGUGCCGCUAUGGAGUGAAAUCUGCUAAAGAUUUUGACUGGAUGCGGCAGUUUCGAUUCUACUUUGAAGCCGAUGAUGAUCAGACGGUCAUUGCCAUCACGGACGUUAAGUUUAUAUACCAGAAUGAGUUUCUUGGUUGUUCCGAGCGAUUAGUUAUCACUCCACUCACCGACAGAUGUUACAUCACGUUGGCUCAAGCACUUCACAUGCACAUGGGUGGAGCUCCAACUGGACCUGCGGGAACCGGUAAAACAGAAACUGUGAAAGACAUGGGUAAAACCCUUGGCAAAUACGUCGUUGUCUUCAAUUGCUCUGAUCAAAUGGACUACAAAGGACUCGGCCGAAUCUACAAAGGAUUAGCGCAAUCUGGAUCUUGGGGUUGUUUCGACGAAUUCAACCGGAUAGAAUUGCCCGUGCUAUCGGUGGCCGCCCAGCAAAUAUCUAUUAUCCUCACAUGCAAAAAGGAGCGCAAAGAGAGCUUUAUUUUCAGCGAUGGGGACGUCAUCAGGAUGAAUCCAGAGUUUGGAUUGUUCCUCACCAUGAACCCAGGAUAUGCAGGGAGACAAGAGUUACCUGAAAACUUGAAAAUUCAAUUUCGCACUGUUGCUAUGAUGGUUCCAGACAGACAGAUCAUUAUUAGAGUAAAAUUAGCGAGUUGUGGCUUUAUCGAAAACAUCACCUUAGCAAGAAAAUUUUACACUUUAUACAAGCUGUGUGAAGAACAGUUAUCAAAGCAGGUUCAUUACGAUUUUGGACUUCGCAACAUUUUGUCUGUCUUAAGGACUCUUGGUGCGAUCAAAUGCUCAAACUUCACAGAUUCAGAGAGUGCUAUUGUGAUGAGGGUUUUGAAAGAUAUGAAUCUAUCUAAACUGAUAGAUGAGAACGAGCCUUUAUUCCUGUCUUUGCUGAACGAUUUGUUUCCUGGUAUUCGUGACCAUAAAAAGGGGGACACAGCCCUAGAAGACGCCAUUGAGCAACAAGUAAAAGAGAACGGUCUAGUAUCGUAUUCGGCUUGGAAAGUAAAACUUCUCCAGCUAUACGAGACUCAACUUGUCAGGCAUGGAAUUGUCAUCCUGGGACCCACUGGCGCAGGCAAGAGCAAUUGCAUCAAGGGACUAAUGGGUGCUUUGACUUUGAUGGGGAAACAGCACAAGGAAAUGAGAAUGAAUCCUAAGGCCAUCACUACACCUCAGAUGUUUGGACGGUUGGACGUGGCGACUGAUGAUUGGACAGAUGGCAUAUUCUCUGCGCUUUGGAGGAAGACGCUCAAGAUGAAAAAAGGUGAAUAUGUAUGGCUGGUUCUUGACGGCCCAGUCGAUUCCAUCUGGAUAGAAAAUUUAAAUUCGGUACUUGAUGAUAAUAAGACUUUGACUUUGGCCAAUGGCGAUCGAAUACCCAUGUCUCCUUGCUGCAAGAUCAUGUUCGAAGUGCACAACUUGGAGAAUGCUUCUCAUGCUACAGUAUCAAGGAAUGGAAUGGUCUAUAUGAGUUCUUCGUGCUUGCCUUGGAAACCCAUAUUAAUAGCUUGGCUGAAUAAAAUUCCAAAGUUGCUCUCUCGGGCAAUUCUUCAACUUUUUGACCGGAAUUUUGAAGCUAUUCUGAAUUGGUCGAUGGAAAACUUAGUCUUCCGAAUGAAAAUCCUGCCUUGCAUGAUCAUCAACCAAAUGAUCAAGCUACUAAAUGGUUUACUGCCGAAAGAAGAAAAGGAUUUAGAUGUGCUGUCGGCAAUCUUGCAAAGAAGUUAUGUAUUUUGUUUGAUGUGGAGCAUCGGAGCUUUCUUGGAAAUUACGGAUAGAAUCAAGUUUCAACAGUAUUUGUUGGAAUAUAAAGAUUAUUUCAUCGAUUUGCCUGUACUCGAAGAUUCAGAAGAUACCAUUUUCGAUUACAAUGUUGACUCCAAAGGUGAAUGGCAACACUGGAAAUUGAUGGUCGAGGACUACAUGUAUGAUCCCCAUGGAGGCAUAGAAUAUUUAUCGGUUCUUGUUCCUAAUAUCGACAUAGUUAGGACGGAUUUUCUGAUACAUACCAUUGCUAAGCAAGGGGAACCUGUGAUGUUGCUGGGUGAGCCUGGGACGGCAAAAACUGUGAUGUUGAAAUCGUAUACAGUCAAAUUAAAUCCUGAAACAGACAUCAGCAAAAGUUUCAAUUUUUCAUCUGCUACGACGCCUUUUCAAUUUCAGAAAACCAUAGAGAGUUACAUCGAGAAAAGAGCCGGCAACAUAUAUGGGCCUGCCGCAGGGAAGAACUUGACCAUAAUCAUCGAUGACAUCAACAUGCCAUUCAUUAACGAAUGGGGAGAUCAGGUGACAAAUGAAAUUGUACGACAGACAAUCGAAAUGGGGGGAUUCUACUGCCUGGAACGUCCAGGAGAAUUCAUAAAAUUAGCAGACAUUCAGUACCUUGCCGCUAUGUGCCAACCGGGAGGAGGAAGAAACGAAAUACCUGAAAGACUCAAGCGGCAUUUUGCCAUCUUCAACUGCUGCCUGCCGGCUGAUCCAUCCAUUGACAAGAUCUUCGGCAGUAUUGUAUGUGGAGCCAUCUGCGAGAAGCAAGGAUAUUCAGCGGAAGUUAUUUCAUUGGCCGAAAAGUUAGUUCCACUCACUCGCAAAUUGUGGCACCUGACAAAGGUAACGAUGCUCCCAACUCCUGCAAAGUUUCAUUACAUUUUCAACUUGAGAGAACUGUCACGAAUAUGGCAAGGUGUAAUAGCAACUCAGCCAUCCAUCCUCAGCGAUCAGGCAACGCUCCUGACCCUCUGGAAACACGAAUGCUGUAGAGUCAUUUCCGACAGGUUUAUUAACGAGCAAGAUACUAACUGGUUUAACAAAAGUUUAACUCGUCUGGCCUCUGAAGAACUAGGCGAUAUAUUUACUGAAAACAAUACCGAGGAUGAAGUUUGCUUUUUUGUGGACUUCUUGAGAGAUACUCCUGAGGUUACAGGAGAAGAUGAAACAGAAGUCGAAAUGCCGAAGAUAUACGAGCCAGUGAAAUCUUUGGAUGCACUGCAAGAACGGCUGACAUUUCUGCUCAGCCUGUACAAUGAAGUUGCACGGACAGCUCACUUGGACAUUGUGUUUUUUAAAGAUGCCAUCUCACACCUUACACGGAUAUCAAGGAUAAUUAGAUCGCCAGGUGGCAAUGCCCUUUUGAUUGGCGUUGGAGGCUCGGGAAAACAGUCUUUGACACGACUCGCCACCUUUAUUGCGCAUUAUAACACACAGCAAAUUAGUUUAACCAGGAAUUACAGUGCUGCAAAUUUCUUGGAAGAUUUGAAAACAUUAUACAGAGCAACUGGAAUCCAUGAUAAAGGCACGACAUUUAUUUUUACAGAUCAGGCUUUGAAGGAUGAAUGCUUCUUGGAAUACUUGAACAACGUUCUUACCUGUGGGGUGGUUUCCAAUCUUUUCAACCGAGAUGAGAAAGCCGAUCUAAUUGCCGAGCUGACGCCCAUGAUGAAACGAGAGCAACCUCGUAGACCCCCGACCCCUGAAAAUGUCAUGGAUUUCUUUUUGCACAGGACAAGGAAGAACUUACACGUAGUGCUAUGUUUUUCACCAGUGGGCGAGAAACUUCGUGCUCGUGCUUUGCGAUUCCCUGGGAUCGUAUCCGGGUGUACCGUGGAUUGGUUCCAGCCAUGGCCAAAAGAGGCUCUCGUCUCGGUGUCCAAGCACUUCCUCCGCGAUUUCGAUCUCCAGUGCGAUGAAAUGGCCAAGAACCAGGUCAUCAACACUAUGGCCGACAUCCACGAGUUGGUGGCAGAGCAGUGUGCGGAGUAUUACCAAAAAUUUCGGAGACCUGCUCACGUGACACCAAAAUCCUUCUUGUCCUUUAUCAAUGGCUACAAACAACUGUAUGAUGAACAGUACCAAGAAAUCGGCAAUACUUGUACGCGUAUGGAAAACGGAAUUUCGAAGCUUGAGGAGGCUUCGCUUCAAGUGGAAAAGAUGAAAGAAACACUGGCUCUGAUGGAAGAGCAUCUAGAGCUUGCUUCAAAAACGGCUGAACAGGUGUUAGCGGAAGUGUCAGUCCGCGCUGAUGCAGCCGAAGUAGUGCGUGAUAGUGUGGAGAAAGCGAAGGAUGCGGCGCAGCAAAUAGUGAAAGAAAUUCAGGUGGACAAAGCCAUAGCCGAAGAGAAGCUGGAAGCCGCCAGGCCAGCUUUAGAAGACGCAGAGGCAGCUCUUAACACCAUACAGCCGACGCAUAUAGCGACUGUCCGAAAGUUGGGAAGGCCACCAGCAUUGAUCAUGUACAUCAUGGACUCUGUUAUGAUACUAUUCCAAAAGCGCCUUCAAUCAGUUCAAGUUGAUCCCAUGAGAAAAUUUGUCAAGCCAUCUUGGGAAGAAUCUCUAAAGUUUAUGUCAACAACUGGCUUUCUAGCGGCCCUUCAGAACUUCCCGAAAGACACCAUCAACGACGAAGUUGUCGAACUGUUGGAACCGUACCUCAGUAUGAAGGACUACAACAUGGAGACGGCCAAGAGAGUAUGCGGAGAUGUUGCCGGACUGUUGUCCUGGACAAAAUCGAUGGCGUUCUUCUUUGGAAUUAAUAAAGAGGUGUUACCGCUUAAGCACAACUUGGCUGUUCAAGAAGCUCGACUUGCAGUGGCCAUGAAGGAAUUGAAAUUGGUGGAACAACAGCUAGAGGAUAAAGAAAAUGAAUUGAAAGAAGUCAAGGCUCAGUAUGAAGAUGCCAUUGCUGAGAAGGAGAAACUGGCCGAAGAAGCAGCAGUAUGCCGAAGGAAAAUGUCCCGGGCUUCCAUGUUGAUCACGGAACUGGGAGGAGAAUACAAACGAUGGACCGAUGAGAGCAAACAACUGAAAGAGCAGAUUAAAAAACUCGUUGGGGAUGUACUGGUGGCCACAGGGUUCUUGUCUUACUCCGGGCCCUUCAACCAAGAGUACAGAUCUGCUCUCAUGCAAGUUUGGCAUAGUGAAAUUCUUAAGAGAAAGAUUCCGGCCAGUGAGAAAAUUAACACGAUGGAGCGACUGGUCACUGCAUCCACAAUAUCGGAAUGGAAUCUAUGUGGACUGCCCAGUGACGAACUCUCAGCCCAAAACGGAGUCUUGGUGACCAAUGCACUUCGGUACCCUUUACUUAUAGAUCCGCAAGCUCAAGGGAAAGCUUGGCUCAAAAAUUCCGAAGCUAAAAAUAAUUUACAGGUUACAUCAUUGAAUCACAAGUACUUCAGACAACUUUUAGAAGAAUGUUUGUCACUUGGAAAACCUUUACUAAUAGAAGAUGUCGGAGAAGAGUUGGAUCCAGUGUUGGAAAAUGUUUUAGAAAAAAAUUACAUAAAGAGUGGUUCUACACUGAAGGUGAUGUUGGGAGAAAAGGAAUGUGAUGUUUUGCCUGAUUUCAAACUAUUUAUCACCUCGAAACUGUCUAAUCCUGCUUUCUCCCCCGAAAUAAGCGCCAAAACUUCUGUCAUUGACUUUACGGUGACUGCGAAAGGAUUAGAGGACCAGUUGUUGGGAAGAGUUAUGCUCUCAGAAAGAGCGGAAUUGGAGAAUGAAAGAGUGAAAGUCAUUAGCGAAAUUGUUGAUAGCAAAACCAACAUCAAACAAUUAGAAGAUAACCUGCUGGACAGCCUAACGAGUGCACAAGGCUCGCUGGUUGACAAUGAGGGGUUGAUAUCCAUCCUCCAGAACACCAAGGCGACGACGCAUCAAGUGUCAGCCAAGCUAGGGGUGGCCGCUGUCACGCAGUCCAAGAUCAACGAGGCCCGAGAGGAAUUUCGCCCAGUGGCUGCGAGAGGCAGCAUCCUCUACUUCCUCAUCGUCGAGAUGAGCGUUAUCAAUGUCAUGUACCAGACGUCGCUCAAGCAGUUCCUUGGACUCUUCGACAUUUCGAUCAUUAGAUCUUUACCUGAUACAGACAUCAAGAGGAGAAUCGAUAACAUCAGUCAGUAUUUAACGUAUGAAGUUUACAGGUAUGCAGUGCGAGGGUUAUACGAACGACAUCGAUUUUUGUUCGUGCUAAUGCUUGCCCUCAAACUGCAGUUGGAGAACGGAAAAAUUACUUACAAUGAAUUCUUCACAUUCGUAAAAGGAGGAGCUUCUUUGGAUCUGAAUUCUGUCUUAACUAAGCCUUUCCUUUGGAUACCAGACAUCAUAUGGCUAAACAUAGUGCAAUUGAGUUACAUUCCUGAUUUCCAGAACCUAACGACGGAGGUGUGCGCCAAUGAAUCGGAAUGGAAAACGUGGUACGAGUCGGAAGCCCCCGAAUCGGCAUCGUUCCCCUGCAAGUACGACCGGAAACUCGGAGAUUUCGGGAUACUGCUGAUGGUGAGAACCUGGUGCCCAGACAGAACUCUUACGCAGGCAAAGAAAUUUAUUGAAUCUUCUCUUGGUUCAAGAUUUGUCGAGGGGGUAUUGUUGGAUUUUGAAGGAUUAUGGAGAGAAUCGGAUAACUUGACGCCUAUUAUUUGCCUCCUGACUACAAGUGGAGAUCCCAGCAACCAAAUUGAACUAAUCGCUCGCAAGACAGGAACGGAGUACAGCUGCGUGUCCAUGGGUCAAGGCCAAGAGGUCCCAGCACGCAAACUUCUCGCCACUAUGACAAAAUCUGGCGGAUGGGUGAUCCUACAAAACUGUCACCUCAGCAUUGAUUUCUGCCACGAAGUUCUAGAAACUAUUUCAGAGCAAAACGAAAUUGACGAGAAUUUCAGGCUGUGGAUUAGUACAGAAGAUCACCCAAGCUUUCCAAUCAGCUUAUUGCAGAUUUCAAUCCGAUUUACGAAUGAAUCGCCCCAGGGAAUCAAAGCCAGUCUCAAAAGAACAUACGCAGGUCUUCCAGAAGACAUCUUGGAGUACAGCAAUGCCACCCAGUGGCAACCCCUUCUCUUUGCAGUCGCUUUCCUCAACACUGUAGUACAGGAAAGGCGCAAGUUUGGGCCCUUGGGAUGGAAUGUCCCUUAUGAAUUCAAUCAAGCCGAUUUCACCGCUUCCAUGAAAUUUGUGCAGAAACACCUUGACGACAUGGACACAAAGAAGGGUCCUUGUUGGCGUACCAUCCGCUUCAUGCUGGCUGAAGUGAAAUACGGUGGCAGAGUUACUGAUGAUUACGACCGAAGAUUGCUCUCAACCUACACCGACGAAUGGUUCAAUGAGACAAUUCUGCAACCCAACUUCGAGUUCCACCCAGGGUACAGCAUCCCCCUUUGCGGCUCCCUGAAGCAGUGCCUAGAAGCUAUCAAAAACAUACCGAACGAUGAUUGUCCCCAAGUAUUUGGCCUACACGCUAACGCAGAUAUUACAUACCAAAUCAACACGGCAAAUGAAGUCCUGGACGCUUUGAUUAGUGUUCCUCCACAAGAUGGCGGAUCCUCUGGAGCAGCCAAGGAGGCAGUGGCUGCCAAAAUGGCUUCGGAAAUGCUUGAAAAGCUGCCUGAUGAAUAUCUCCUUCACGAAGUAAAGCGUGCCAUUGCAGAAAUGGGAGCUUUAGAACCGAUGAACAUAUUUCUGCGUUUGGAGAUGGACCGUAUGAACAAAGUAAUCCAGAGCGUCCGCAGUGACCUUUCUGACCUUCAGUUGGCCAUUGACGGAACCAUCAUCAUGAACGACGCCCUUCGGGAAGCUUUCGAGGCCAUCUACCAUGCUAGAGUGCCCUUACAGUGGGCAAAGAUAUCAUGGGAAUCAAGCACUUUAGGAUUCUGGUUUACUGAACUACUGGAGCGAGACCAGCAGUUUCGCAAGUGGUGUUUUUCUGGGAGGCCCACUACUUUCUGGAUUUCUGGACUUUUUAACCCUACAGGAUUUCUCACAGCGAUGAGACAGGAAGUAACGAGAGCCCAUCAGGGCUGGGCUCUCGACUCCGUAUCACAGCGGAACAAAGUCACCUCCUACCUAAAUCCUGCAGAUGUCUCCGAGCCUCCUUCAGAAGGAGUCUAUAUUUACGGUCUACACUUGGAAGGAGCCUCUUGGGAUAUCAGAGCAGGAUGUUUGAAGGAAUCCAUCCCGAAAAUUCUUUUCGAACCUCUACCUGUCCUUCAUGUGUACGCCAUUAACAGCACCCAAGGAAAACAACCGGACGUGUACGAGUGUCCCGUGUACAAAAAACCGAGACGGACUGAUGAAACCUAUGUCACGUCGUUCGACUUGAAGACGCACCGUCACCCAAAUCACUGGAUACUCAGAGGAGUUUCACUGUUAGCUGAUAUCAAGUAGAAGGAGUGCUCAUCUGAAUCUUCGACAACAUGGAGGAAUACAUAAAUAUGGUGCAAAACAGUCUGAGGUAGAAUCUUUGACAAAAUAUGCCGAUCCUUUCGGCAAGACUAGAAAUUUACUCCUGAGAAGUUGUUUGUGGGCGUUAGAUGGUAGAAAACGAAAACCUGUAUAGUAGGCAACAGCCCGCAAGAGACAAGAGCUAGUAUUUUUUUCGGUGAAGAAUUUGAUAAUUGAAUGGCUCUUCCUACAUUAAUUUAUUUAUAAGAUAGGGGUUUCUGCAGCUUCCAGU